CUUUCUCCCUAUUUAUUACAGUCUUUAAAGAACAGUUACCUUGGAAAAUGGCAGAGGCAGUUUUCCGUCCCCCAAAGAGGAAAAGAAGAGUGUAUGAGAGCUAUGAGUCUCCACUGCCGAUCCCUUUCGGUCAGGACUGUGGUCCUAAGAAGGACUUUAGAAUAUUCCGGGCCGAGAUGAUAAACAACAGUGUGAUUGUGAGGAACGCAGAAGAUAUGGAGCAGCUCUAUGGGAAGGGUUAUUUUGGAAAAGGUAUCCUGUCCAGAAGCCGUCCAAACUUCACCAUUUCAGAUCCUAAGCUGGUUGCUAAAUGGAAAGAUAUGAAGACAGACAUGCCUGUAAUCACGUCAAAAAAGUAUCAGCGCAGCGUGGAAUGGGCCACAAACCUCAUGCAAAGACAAGGCCAGGAUGAGAGCACAGUGCGUAGACUCCUUGACGAUUACACAAAGCCCCUUCAGCAUCUUUGUCUGCAAAGGAAUGAAGAGGUCCAGUUGUGUAAUGAACUGAACUCCAAAAUGGUUUCCAAAACGGAAGGCACAGCAGAUGGAGAGAAACUUUCUGCCAUGAAUGGGGUUACAGGAAAGUCUCAUGAUCUGGAGGAUCCCAGCAAGCGAUCAGACCGCCUGCAGGAGGGCUCCGGGCCUGACCCGAUACCUACCCACGGCUCUGGUGAACACGUGGCGGAGGUCACCGCUCCUCUGCCCCACGUCCACUGCGGCAAACAGGAUGUUCUGCUCCCGCCCUCUGGCGCUCAGCCUGGGGACGGCAGCCAACGAGCGGGUCUGGUCCCGGCCAGAGAGAGAGGGCCUGGGCACCACUACGUGCUGGUGGAGGAGGUCGUGUGUGCCGCGAGCGAGAGGGAAGACGCCCCAGGUGGGGACUUGUCGCCAAAAAAGAGACUGAUAUGCAGAAGAAAUCCAUUUAGGAUCUUUGAGUACUUGCAGCUCAGCCUGGAAGAGCCCCGUUUCGGACGCUCAGCAGGUGCACGUGGCUACUCUGUUGGACAGCACUGGGGACACCAUCCUCUAGGUCCUUGACUUCUCUGAGCCUCAGAUUUCUGCUCUGUAAGAUGAGGGUGACGUAACACCUUGUUCAUAGUAUGUUCUGGAAUUAAAUAGUGCACGUGAUGGCUUCAGCACCGUGCCUGGUGUAUCGUAGGUGCUCAGUAAGCAUUGUGCCUGCUGUUUCUGUCAUUACCGUCGUUAUUACGCCACUUGUAAAAGCUAUUUAGUGGCUGCUUGGAACUCCUUCUUUUGCAAUCAGUGUUUAGCAAAAAUAUUACCAGGGACUUCCUAUGUGCCAGGCACUGGGCUGAGUACUAACAGUACAGAGAUAAGCAGAACGUGGCUCUGGCCCUAAGAUAGCCAAAAAUUGCAGUUCAGUGUGAUGGGCACCGUGUGGUGUGGGGGCUGUGCCAGUGCUGCACCUCUUGUACCCCAUGUCUGACAUCUGUGAGGCGCUUGAUAAUUAUUUGUUAAAUGGAUGUGUACACGGUGGGAUGGGCACAGAAACUGGUGGGGUCCAAAGGGAUGCGAGCCCCCCGGAAAGACUUUACAGGGUUGGUGGUACCUGGAGGUGUUAGAGGGUAGAUAGGGGAUUGCCGCGUGGACACGGGACGCCAGGCCCUUGCAGGCAGCGUGGUCCCGGAAGCGGCCGCCCCGGAGGGGAGGUCACGGAGGGCGCGUCUACGAGUAGGGGUCUGACCUGGUCC